CCCCUGGACGCCACGCCCGCUCUCAGCCCGUCACACCCGGCCUUCCUCCUCCCCAGCCCGGCCCACUCCUCCUCCUCCUCCUCUUCCUCCUACAGCCUCCUCUGUGGAGCGCCGGAGCCCGACUCCCCGACAGGAUCUAGUUCCAGCGGAGGAAGCGUCGGAGGCAGCGCCGUGGUGUCCGAGGCUGCCGUGCGUUUCUCGUUGUCACAGACGGGUUCGUUUUCAGCACAGGUGGACUCCAUCCUGAGGGGCGACUUCCUGACGCCGAUGGGCGCCGCGGGGCCAAAGAGGCUCUGUCUGGUGUGCGGCGACUUCGCCUCCGGGUAUCACUACGGCGUGGCGUCCUGCGAGGCCUGCAAGGCUUUCUUCAAGAGGACCAUACAAGGCAACAUCGAAUACAGCUGCCCGGUGAUGAACCAGUGUGAGAUCACCAAGCGGAGGAGGAAAGCCUGUCAGGCCUGCCGCUUCCAGAAAUGUCUCCAGGCCGGGAUGAUGAGGGAAGGUGUUCGGAUGGACCGAGUGAGAGGAGGACGGCAGAAGUACAAGAGGCGGGUGGAGACGGGACUGAGUUUAUACGCCAAAGCCCGUACAGCCACGCCGUCAGCAGCCGUGAGAAACAAGGUGAUUUCCCAUUUGCUGCUGACAGAGCCCGCCCCGUUGGCCGCCAAUCAGGACGAUUCGACCAAUGACAGCAGCCUGCGGACCCUGCUGACCCUGUGUGACCUCCUGAACCGGGAGCUGCUGGUUCUGAUUAGCUGGGCCAAACAGAUACCAGGUUUCUCCAGGCUCUCAUUGGUCGACCAGAUGUCACUGCUGCAGAGCGGUUGGAUGGAGGCGCUGCUUGUGGGCGUGGCCUGGCGGUCGCAGGGCGCGGCGGCGGAGGAGAUCGUGUUCGCCGGGAACCUGCGGCUGGACGAGGCCCAGUGUCGAGCCGCGGGACUGGCCGAGCUCUAUAAGGCCGUGCGUCACCUGACGGCGAGAUACCAGGCGAUGAACCUGAGCCCCGAGGAGGCCGUGACGCUGAAGGCCAUGGCGCUCGCUAACUCAGAUGCCGACCCGGUGGACUGUCCUGACUCGGUGCAGAGGUUCCAGGACGGGCUCCACGAGGCCCUGCAGGAGUACGAGUCGACCCGCAGAGAGCAGCACCGGGCGGGCCGGCUCCUGAUGAGCCUCCCCCUCCUGAGACAGACGGCCGACCGAGCCGUGGAGGCCUUCCUGUGGCUGCACCGCCACCGCUGCGUCCCCCUCCACAAACUGCUGCUGGAGAUGCUGGACGCCAAGGCCUGAACCCCUGAGACCACGUAGGAG